CACGAUAAAAUAUCGCAGUUAGCAUUCUCGCUUGAUCCUACAUCAGUCUGUGAAUCGAUCGAUUCACGUCGGUCUGCGGUUUGCUAAGUAUAAUUCAUCAUUUUAUAAAUUGUGAAUAAUUUCUUUGUUAACAUGCGUCGAGUGCAUUUCAAUCGGACCAAAAUCUUCUUCUUAAUUAAACACCAUUAAUAAAUCAAUAUAAUUUACACGAUUAUAAGCUCUCUUAUUAGGUUCCCUUAAAUAAAUAAAUUAAGGUAAAAGUAAAAAAGAGCGAAUAGUGAUCAAUUUUUAUAUGGUGGAUGAAUUCAACGGUAGUAAGUGGGGAAUAAUGAAUCACGUGUCUCUCAUUCAGCAAAUGAAAUAAUAAAGAAAACAAACUAGAAGAGAAAAAGAAAUUUCUUCAACAAGGAGACAGCAGUUUUCAAAUCUUUAAUUGAAAUGGGUACUGUGACAUCAGUAUACGAAGAUCAUAGAGUUAUAACAAUUAGCCCGAGCAACGACCCAUCGAACACAGUUUUCCCCAAUAAUCGUAUCGUCUCGAAAAAGUACACAUUAUGGAAUUUCAUACCAAAAAAUCUGUUCGAGCAGUUCAGAAGGAUUGCCAAUUUCUAUUUCCUCGUAACAGCAGUCGUAUCAAUGAUGAUAGCAUCACCGAUUUCACCUUUAACCAGCAUAUUACCUUUAAGCUUCGUCAUACUAGUAACAGCCUGCAAACAGGGAUACGAGGAUUAUCAUCGUCACAAAUUGGAUCAACGAAUAAAUCGGAAAUUCGUCACUGCGAUUCGUAAUAAAUGCACACAGAACGUUCAUUGCGAAGAAAUAGUAGUGGGUGACCUGGUGAAGGUGUGUCGUGACGAUGAUGUUCCUUGCGAUCUUCUGCUUCUGUUUAGUACAGAAGAUUCUGACCGGUGUUAUGUCACCACGUCAAAUCUUGAUGGCGAAACUAAUUUGAAGACGCUGCUCGUUCCAAAAAUUGUAUCCAAAAUGGGGAUCUCGGAAAUAGCAUCCAUGGAGGCGACUGUCACUUGCCAGCAUCCUUCCUCCGAUCUCUAUCGCUUCCAUGGUAAACUAGAAGUGAAUAGAUCCGACGAUGAAGUGACCACUACUUAUCUAACGAUCGAAAAUUUGUUACUUCGUGGAUCAAGACUGAAAGACACGGAUCAUAUAAUCGGCUGUGCGGUUUACACUGGACAGGACACGAAAUUGUCUCUGAAUUCAAAGAUCAGAAGCAAUAAAUUCUCCACAGCUGAAAAAUCUAUUAAUAAGCAUAUUAUUAUAUUCAUGGUGUUAUUAUUGGUUGAAAUAAUACUGUCUUGCAUCAUGAAGCAUGUAAUCGAAGAAACUGCGAAUUGGACGUUAUACGUCGGGAAAGAUGGCACCGUCACUCUCUACUCCCUGGUCACUGAUUUUUUAACAUUCACAGUGCUUUAUAAUUACAUCGUGCCUAUAUCGUUAUACGUCACCAUAGAAUUACAAAAAUUCUUCAGUUCGUUUUUCUUCAGCUGGGACAUCGACAUGUACGACGAAAACAGCGAUCAGUCAGCGUUGACCAACACGUCAGACUUGAACGAGGAGCUCGGGCAAAUCGAGUACCUGUUCGCGGACAAAACUGGUACCCUAACCGAGAAUCUGAUGGUGUUCAAACGUUGCUCGGUCAAUGGGAAUAUAUACAUGGAGAAAGAUUGCGACGGUUGUCUCUAUCUGUUAUCUCCCGAUGGGGAUGAGACGAAAGCAAUGAAGCUAACAGCGUGGGAGCAACACAUUUGGCACUUUAUGAUAAGCAUCUCUUUGUGUCAUUCCGUUCAAAUUACACCGCCGAGUCAAAGGAAGAACAUAAUCGCGAGGCGGACAGAGUACAGGAAAAGUUAUAGAUUGAGGAAAAUUUUGCAAUUGAACAGUUCCCUGUUGAUGCAUCCGGAUUUACCAGAGUAUCAGGCAGCAUCUGCAGACGAGAAGGCUUUGGUAGAGGCUAGCGCCAGGUGUGGGGUUGUUUUCCAAAAAAGCACCAGCGACAAGAUAGAACUGAGGAUCAAUAGAAAUAUAUUGACCUUUGAGAAGCUCGAAGUCUUAGAAUUCACUUCCGAACGCAAGAGGAUGUCGGUAAUAGUGAAAGACGCGGCACUUGAUUACUGGCUGUAUUGCAAAGGGGCGGAUUCGGCUAUCCUUCCGCUGAUAGUCUCGGGAGACGUUAAUCAGGCUAUCGCUCAUGUCGCUGACUUCGCCAGGAGAGGUCUUCGAACGCUGAUAAUUGCGUACAAAAAAAUGAAUCAGGUGGAGUACGAGAAUUUGGUUCAGAACGUAGAACAAGCCAGACAGAUAAUUGGCAUUGAAAGAGCAGCGUACAUGGAGAGAGCUUAUAACAUGAUGGAAGGUGGUCUCACUUUGUUAGGAGUAACCGGUGUCGAGGAUCGUCUUCAAGAAGGUGUGCAGGAAACUCUCGAAUGCUUACAAGUUGCUGGUAUUAAAAUAUGGGUGCUGACCGGGGAUAAAGCGGAAACCGCGGAAAAUAUAGCGUUUCUCUGCGGACAAUUCAAAGACGGUACCGAGAUAUUGAGGAUGCUCGAUGUAACCGAAAAUCGGACUUGUAUCCGUCGUCUUACGGAUUUCGAUCGAAGAAUAAAACUGGAACCGUACAGACAAUAUGGAAUGCUAGUCGAUGGCUGUAGCAUAGCAAUUGCAUUGAAAAAUUAUCCUGAACAAUUCAGGGCUGUCGGAAUGGCUUGCAAUGCGGUAGUCUGUUGCAGAUUGACUCCUUUACAGAAAAGCGAAAUUGUAAUGUUGAUAAAAACAGCAAGGAGCAAGCCGCACACUGCCGCGAUCGGCGACGGAGGAAAUGACGUAUCGAUGAUACAGGAAGCUCACGUUGGAAUCGGGAUAAUGGGCAAGGAGGGCCGUCAAGCGACCAUGUGCUCCGAUUUUGCCAUAGCUAAAUUUAGAUUUUUAAAAAAAGCCCUGCUGGUUCAUGGCCACUGGUACUAUUUACGAAUCAGCAUCUUGACACAAUAUUUUUUUUACAAAAACUUUAUAUUCAUAAUGCCGCAAUUGUUCUACGGUCUACAGAGUGGUUUCUCUGCUCAGGCAUUUUACGAUGGUAUGUUUUUAAUGAUGUUCAACGUAUUAUUCACAUCCCUACCAAUAUUAGCGUACGGAUUGUUAGAACAAGAUUACAGUGCCGACAAACUCCUACGUUUCCCGUAUUUAUAUAAAUUAAAUCGGCGCAAUUAUUUAUUGUCAGGAACACAGUUCCUCAUAUGGACACUUUUAGGUUGUUGGCAUACAUGUAUCAUAUAUUUUAUGUCGUAUAUUUAUACAUACAUCAAUCCCAUUAUUUUGUAUAAUAAUACACCGAUGGAUCAGUGGUCAUAUAGUACAUGUGUUUUUCAUUUAGUCACAUUAAUAGCCAAUUUAGAGGUAUUAUUACGUAGUUCAUAUUGGACAUUUCCGUUCGUAACAAUAGUGCUACUAUCACAGCUGUCUUUCUUUGGACUAGCGCUUACUUAUUCGCUCAUAGACGUAAGGUACGAUGGGGAUAUGCUGAGGGUAUUUGAAAUGUUAGUAUCAUCCAUAUCUUUCUGGUUGCUAACCCUCAUAGUCGUCGUCGCCUGCGUGAUACCAGACUAUUUGAUUCGUGUGUACAACUGUUAUAGACCAACGUUUAUAACAAGAAGAAACGAGGAACAACCGCAGUACAUCAUCAUCAAUAGCAACGAUAAUACAGAGAGCGUGCCAUUAGAGACCAGAAAUCAAGGACUCUACCACUUUGUUCCAUGGAAAAACACCUUUGUACCGCAGAAAGUCAAUUGAAUUAAGUAUCGUUUUACCAUGUGUCAUAAAGGCCGUAUUGUGAAAAGCUACCCUUAAGAUCCAGCUGAGGCUGACGCUCGAUCUUACAGUCGUUAAAUCAACGACUGUGAAUAUUGAUUAAAGAGUCUGCCCGUGACAUCUGUAAGAACGGAGCGAUACUUAGGUGGAGUAGCAG